CAGGCAGAGAGACUGAAACAGCAGAGACUAGUCAUGGCGUGCCCUUCGCUCUUACGCUCCUCUACGUCGUCGUUUCACGGCCAAUUCCCAAUUGCAGCUUCACCUCCGCGGCUGGCGUUCGGAAACCCUAGAAAUGUGAGUGUGGUGAAGGCCGCAGAGGUUGUGCUGGUGGAGAAGACGGAGUCGGAGAAGGUCAGUCGGCUCAAGACGGCUUACCUUGAGAGAAUCAUCCCUAAGCUCAAAGAAGAGUUCUCGUACCAGAACAUCCAUGAGGUUCCGAAGGUUGAGAAGGUUGUGGUGAACUGUGGUAUUGGAGAUGCUCAGCAGAAUGCUAAGGGGUUGGAAGCAGCAAUGCGUGACUUGGCGCUCAUUACAGGGCAGAGACCUGUGAAGACACGAGCAAAGGCUUCCCUUGCGCAGUUUAAGAUCAGGGAAGGUCAGCCACUUGGGAUUGCUGUCACCCUCAGAGGAAAUGUGAUGUACGCAUUCCUUGAUCGGCUCAUUAACUUGGGUUUUCCCAGGACAAGGGAUUUUCAAGGUCUCAACCCGAACAGCUUUGAUGGAAACGGUAAUUAUGGGGUUGGAAUUAAGGAGCAGAGUGUGUUCCCAGAGAUCAAGUUUGAUCUGGGUAAGGGCAGGGGAAUGGAUGUUUGCAUCAAAACAACAGCUAAAACAGAUAAAGAAGCUCAGACACUUUUGGCUCUAAUGGGAAUGCCAUUCAGAGAGACUGGCCCAGUAACCGAAGUGCGCAAGAAGAAGCUGAGGUCUCACCAUUUCAGUCGAAAGGGAGGUGGAAGAAAAUGAGUGUUUGCCUUUGGGAGAUAGGAACAUUCUGUUAGUUUUGUAUUUUGCGAAGUUCAGUCACCAAACUGUCAAUGUAUGUUCAAAUGUUCAAUGAAAAUGAUCUUAUUCUUGUUGUGCAAA